AUCUCCCUUGAGAUGAGCAGACGACUGUUACUAUCGAGUAGAGCAGUUGAAAGUCUGCACGCUACCCAACAGUAUUCACGAAGAUGACAUAGGAGGUUUUAUACAAAAAGAACACGAAAACUUAGAAAUAAAUGUUGACGUUUUAGGAACAGAGUACGAGAAUGGAAGGGUUUUGCGACUCCUCGCUUUGGAAUUCAACACAAACAUGGGAAGCAUCAUGGCCUCAAUUUACCCCAUGUUUCCAGAACACGGUGUUAAUAUGGUCACCUUGCGGCUUUCUGUGGCUUGCUGCUAUCUUCUAUGUCUACAACAUUCUUAAGUAUUAUCGAUCACAAUCUCAGCCAAUCAGUUGCAUCUUCCUAGGAAAGAUGAUGCUCUGUUGCCUUCUUUUUGUAAUGGCUAUUGUGCAACUGUUGAUCUGCAUAAGUGAUCACAACACAAGUAAAGAUUCUCUUUUAAAAGCAGAUGUGUUUGCACCAGCAAUACUUGCAAUCACAACAGUACUUGCAGGUCUCAUAAUUAUGCUGGAGAGACAGAAAGGAUUUAUCACAUCUGGCGUACUUUUCAUAUUUUGGUCUCUGGCCAUUACACAGAUUGUGCCUUUCUACACACUUUUGAAGCUGCAGGUUUACAAGGAAAACAUUUUGAAAUUCAGCGUGUUUUACAUUCAGUAUGCGCUUAUACUUCUCCAACUCCUAGUGCACUGUUUUGCAGAAAGUCCUCAUCAUCCUUAUCAGUCUAUUAAUAAGCCAUGCCCAGAAACACAGUCGUCUUUUUUGUCUCGCUUGACAUUUUGGUGGGUGAAUGGACUGCUGCUCCAAGGUUUCCGUAUGCCACUAACAGAAGAGAACAUGACAGACCUCAAUCCUAGGGAGAUGUCAAGCACAGUUGUGCCACGAUUUCUAAACAACUGGAAGAGAGAACUAAGUCUUGCAAGACAGAGGUUCCAUAAAAAUCAGCACAAUAAAGCGCAAAGAAGAUCAUCAUUUUAUCGGGACACAGGGUCUUUGAUCAUGGAUGCAGAUGAAACUACACCUCUUAUUGUUACCAAUAAACAUCAAGAAGACUUUAAAGGCAAAAAGCCUGAGCACCCAAGUCCAUCACUUUUGAAGAUACUCGUCAAGACAUUUGGAGUUCAAUUGCUACAAAGCCAUGUGUGGAAACUUUUUUAUGAUGCUUUGAUACUCACCAACCCGCUGGUACUUGGACAACUCAUUGAGUUCAUUGAGGAUAGCGACUCUGAACCAUGGCGUGGAUAUGUGUUGGCACUUGUACUUUUCCUGUCAAUGCAGCUUCAGUCAUUAUUUUUUCAUCAACUCUGGCACCUCUCUACAUCUCUUGGACUCCGCAUCCGUACAACCAUCAUCUCUGCUGUUUUCCGAAAGGCCCUUACUAUGAACAAUCUAGCUCGACAAGAAUCCACAGUGGGUGAAGUAGUGAACCUUAUGUCAGUGGAUGCAGAGCACCUGGAGCAAACUGUGGCAUACCUGUAUUCCAUCUGGUCAAGCCCUCUGCAGAUCUGUGUCUCUCUGUACCUGCUGUAUGCCACUUUAGGCCCUUCCAUGUUUGCAGGGCUGGCCAUGCUCAUAUUGCUUAUUCCUAUCAACGGCUUGGUGAUGAGCCGACUUGGCUCACUGAUGACUCAGCUCAUGGCACAAAAGGACAACCGCAUGAAGCUCAUCAAUGAAGUCUUGAAUGGCAUUAAGAUACUGAAACUUUAUGCCUGGGAGUUGCCAUUCUCCAAACAAAUAGGAUCUGUUCGAGACAAGGAGUUAAAUAUACUUUGGUCCUAUUCCUUGUGGUCAGCUGGCAUGACCUUCUCCUGGACUGUUGCCCCCUAUGCUGUGUCUUUAGUGACAUUUAUCACUUUCAUCUACACAAAGGAGGAUCAUUACUUGAGUCCUCAGACAGCAUUUGUGGCCAUUGCCCUUUUUAAUGUUCUACGUUUUGCCAUAAACUUUGCUCCAAUGAUUAUCACAGACGUCAUUAAGGCAGUUGUUUCUUUACGGCGCCUAAACCGAUAUCUUAGCCACGAUGAUCUUGAUCCUAAAAGCAUUGUGCAUGACCCACAUUCUGCGUAUGCAAUCUCCAUAUGUAACGGAACUUUCAUGUGGAAUCUGGAGCUUGGUCCUGUGCUAAAAGAUAUCAAUGUGGACAUUCCUGUGGGCUCUCUUGUAGCAGUGGUGGGACAGGUUGGGUCAGGGAAGUCCUCACUGAUGUCAGCCAUGAUCGGUGACAUGGAAAAGAUUGAAGGACAGGUUAUGGUGAAGGGAACUUUGGCCUAUGUUUCUCAGCAAGCUUGGAUCCAGAAUGACACUGUUCGCAACAAUGUUCUCUUUGGCCAGGUUAUGGAGCAAAAUUUUUACAAUGCCUGUCUUUCAGCAUGUGCUUUGACCCAUGACCUUAGCAUUUUGCCUGCUGGUGACCUUACAGAAAUUGGAGAGAGGGGCAUCAAUCUGAGUGGUGGUCAAAAGCAGCGAGUCAGUCUAGCACGUGCCAUUUACAAUGAUGCUGACAUCUACCUCCUGGAUGACCCCCUGAGUGCAGUUGACAGUCAUGUGGGAAAACACAUUUUUGAAAAUGUCAUUGGUAGCAAUGGUCUUCUCAAAAAUAAGACACGUGUCCUGGUCACGCAUGGUGUACACUGGCUGCCACUUGUGGACAAAGUUUUUGUGAUGAAAGAUGGUUGUGUGUCAGAAGCUGGAAGCUACGAGGAACUUCUCUCACACAAUGGUCCCUUUGCUCAAUUUUUGAAGACAUAUUUUCUCCAGGAGGAUAAGAAUGAGGAAGAGGAUCCAGAAGUGCAGGAGAUGCGACGCAAGGUUUUAGAGAGGCUGGAGUCUGUAACAGACAAAGAGUCAGAAGACAAGACAGUCAUAAAGCGAGAGAGGCAAGUAUCUGCUAGUGGUGAUGGAAAGUUAGAGGCAAAAGAUGAGAAAGACAAGGAAGGUACAGAAGGACUUCCAAAGCAUGGAAAAGACAAACUAAUCGAAGAGGAAAAAGUAGCAGUUGGGAGGGUUCGCUUGGAUACAUUCAAAGAAUAUGCCCGAUCUCUGGGCUAUGGAUAUUUCCUGAUCGUUGUCAUCACUUACAUAAUGUAUGAGGCCUGCGCUGUACUUUCAAACAUCUGGCUGAGUGAGUGGACAGACGACCAAGAGCUCAACAAUUUCACUGUAUUUCCUGCCAACAGCACAGCUCGCAUGAACCGUAACAACUACUAUCUGAUCUUGUAUGGAAGUUUAGGCGGGGGCCAGUUCUUGUUUGUGGCUGUGUAUUCUGUAAUUGAGAGCUUUCGCACGGUACAUGCCUCGAGAAUCAUACACCAGAAGAUGUUGACACGAAUCCUGCAUGCUCCCAUGGGUUUCUUUGAUACCACACCAGUGGGCCGCAUUGUCAACCGCUUCUCAAAAGAUAUCAAUACAAUUGACACUGAACUACCAUUGACCUUUCUUAUGACACUGGACACUUUCUGCGUCGUCUUGAGCACACUGAUCGUCAUAAGCUACAGUACGCCAUACUUCCUUGUUGCAAUACUCCCCUUAGCCGCUCUCUACAUAUUCAUUCAGAGAUUCUACAUUUCCACAUCAAGACAGCUAAAACGCCUAGAGUCAAAGACAUGUUCUCCAGUCUACAACCUCUUUAGUGAAACAUUGUCAGGUGCAAGUAUCAUUCGUGCCUUUGGGAAACAGAACCGCUUUAUUGAAGAGUCAGACAGACGAGUUGAUCUGAAUCAAAAUUUCAAGUUCUACAGUUACAGUGCAAACAGAUGGCUUGGUUUCCGGCUAGAGUUUCUGGGAAAUAUUGUGGUUCUUUGUGCUGCUACCAUAGCAGUUGCAGUGAAAGACACAGUUUCAGGUGGCAUUGUGGGGCUUUCGGUUUCCUAUGCUCUUGAAAUCACAACUAACCUGAACUGGCUGGUUCGUGUGAUAAGUGACCUGGAGACACAGGUUGUCAGUGUGGAGAGGGUGAAGGAGUAUAGCGAGAUUAUCACAGAGGCGCCAUGGUCAAUACCAGGUCAUCGACCACCACAGUCGUGGCCUCAGCAUGGAGAGGUCAAAGUAGCUAACCUUUCAGUAAGGUAUCGACCUGAGAUGGACCUAGUUCUAAAAAAUAUCUCAUUUGCCAUUUCAGCUGGGGAAAAGGUUGGUAUUGUUGGACGAACUGGUGCAGGCAAAUCAUCGCUCACUUUGUCACUGUUUCGUUUGCUUGAGCCUGCUGAAGGACAGAUUCACGUGGACAAUAUCAACAUUGCUGACCUUGGCUUGCAUGACCUCAGAAGCAAGCUGACAAUUUUACCACAAGAUCCAGUCAUCUUUGCUGGGAGCCUGAGAAUGAACCUGGAUCCAUUUGAUGAAUACAGUGAUGCCCAGGUGUGGACAGCUCUAGAACACGCUCACCUGAACGCCUUUGUCAGCUCCUUGCCUGACCAGCUGCAACAUGAAUGUGGAGAAGGGGGUGAAAAUUUAAGUGUGGGUCAGCGACAGUUGCUCUGCCUGGCACGCUCGCUCCUUCGGAAAACCAAAAUUCUCAUCUUAGAUGAAGCUACUGCUGCUGUUGACAUGGAAACAGAUGACCUGAUUCAACAGACAAUCCGGACAGAAUUUGCAGACUGCACAGUGCUAACCAUUGCUCACCGCCUCAAUACAGUCUUAGACUAUGACAAAAUUCUUGUACUUGACAAGGGUCAGAUAGCAGAAUUGGACACUCCAGAAAGUUUGCUGAGGAACCAUGAAAGCAUCUUCUACCAGAUGGCAUCAAGUGCUGGUUUGGUUUCCUGAAAACCAGCAUCAAGAGUGUACAAGUCAAGACAACAUGGCAUUGCAAAGAUUUUGCUACUAAGGAAAGUCAUGUUAUGGUGCUGAUCAGGGAAACAUUAGAAUAAGAAUAUUAGGUUAACAAUAAGCAUUAGAAUCUUAGUUUAAAUGAAAAGAGACAGCACAACCUCAGGAAAUAUAAAUGUCAUUAUCCUCACCAAAAACAACCACCAACAAAAAAAGCACUUGUGGAUAGAUCCUACUGUUAUUUAAAAUGUCAUCUUUUUGCUUCUCUUAAAGUGUGGCAAGGUUUUCUUUUGUCAUUACUGUUACUGUUGUGCAGACUAAUGCAGUGAAAGUAGACUGUUAUAUAUACAAGAUGAUUUCAUGCGUGGCUGCUGGUAGAUGGCAUGUAUAUAUGUAGAUUUACGUAGGUUACACGUACAUGAUGCUUAAUUUUUUUACAGUUCUGAGUUUCUUGCUCAGCUGCAGAGGAAAUACAUUUUUUAUGAAUAUAAUUAUUUAAACUGUAAAUAUUUUAACAAAGUGUAAAGAAAUGAUAAAUUGUGCUAAGAGUACGCUCCGUACGAGAGUGAGUAUGCCCUAAACAAAUCAUGCAUUUAUUAUUAUUAUAUAUGUCUCAUUUAUGCUGAAAAGGUUGUUACAUUUAUCAAAUUUUUGGACGAUGCACCAAAAAGCAAUGUUUAAGAAGCAAUGUACUUAGAAUACACACUAAUGGUAAAAUAAAUUAAAAUUUUGAAUCUGGAAUCACUUGGGCAAUUGAGAUAGGAUAAAUGACAAAUCUUUAGCAAAUGUAUACCUUAAGCUUGAUCAUGCAAAAAUACUUGACCUCAACCAGACAACUGUUCAUUGAUUCCCAGAUAACCAUCAUUUGUAUCCAAACAUUUCCACACUAAUUUAUCGAGUGGAUCAGUGUUGUGAGAAGAAAAUGAUAAUGAUCUUAUUGUCUUAGGUGUCUAAAAAAAAUUAACAUUUGGGUAAGUCUUAGUUGGGUCUUUGUACACUAUGCAAUGUUUAGAAGCUAACAGCUGGAUGAUCAGAAGAGGGAGAUUACUAAAUGUUCAUUAUCUUUGUAUAAAACUGACAGCUGCAACUUUUCAUGCCCACCAACCCCAACCUCUCCCCUCCCCACAGAAUGAAACCUGAAGAUCAUUGUUACCACAUCUGCUUAUCAUAAAUUUUGGACUGUAAGCCACGACUUUUUUCCCCAGCUUUAAACUCCGCAGCUUUAACAGGGACACAGCUUGUUUGAAAUUUUUCAGAUUCCAAUUAAUUUUUCAGGGAGCUCCAUGUUAAAGUGUGUUAACUGUUAACAUUUUUUAUUCAAAGCUGCAUACAAUUGAAGCAUUCAGAUCAGUCGCUGAAGCAUGCACCCUCAUCAUGCCAAAAAGAGACGAAAUGAUUAUCAUGCAGCUUUCAAGUUGUAUGUAUAUAUAAUUAUUUGCAGCAUGUAAACCACUGCAGCUUAUUUGUGAAAAAAGUAGAUUUUUUUUUUAUUUGGUGGGUGCGAUUUAUCAACAGACCGAAAUUUAUGGUAUUUAGUAAUAACCAGUGGCUUUGAUAUCAUUGUGCAUAGUAAAUGCACUUUAAUUAAUAAAUCUGCAUUUCAUCUAUUGUUUUAAUGUUCACAGAGUUGUGCGUUUCAGUGAUAAGGCACAUAGACACAUUUUGGUUUAUAUUUAAUCAGAGGUAAAAGUUAUAAAUAUUUCUCACAAUUGUGACACUUUUGUUGUGUUGACUUUUUAUAUUUGCAUUUCCUUUAAUUGCUUUACUUUUACUUUGCAUAAACUUGGCCUAUCCGUUUGUCCUGAAGUAAAUUUACAUCUUUGCAACCACUAGCUGGCUUUAGUAUCAAGCUGCUAGUCAACAGCAUAAUAUCUUACAUUGAGUGGAAAUAAAGUUGUAAGAAAUGUU